GCGGCUGAGGCGCUCAGGAGGCGGCGGCGGGUCAUGGCCUCCUUGUUCCCGGCCAACGGGGCGGCGGGCGAGUGGGGAGGCGGCGGCGGCGACCCCAGCUCCGCGGACGAGGGUGAGGGCGGCCGGGCGGCGGCGGCGGGACUGAGAGAAUCCCCGGUCUCCGACUCCGGGAGCCGCUCGUCGUCGCCUCCUCCGCCGAUGGAGCAGUUCGAGCGGGCGGCGCAGCGGGUGCCGGCGCUGGUGGGGUCGGCCAGCCGGGAGCAGCUGCUCUACCUGUACGCGAGGUACAAGCAGGUCAAAUGUGGUAGCUGCAACACUCCCAAACCUGGGUUUUUCGACUUUGAAGGAAAACAGAAAUGGGAAGCUUGGAAAGCAUUGGGUGAUACAAGUCCAGAGCAGGCUAUUCGAGAGUAUGUCGCUACUGUGAAGAAACUGGACCCCACAUGGAAUCCACAGAUAGCAGAAAAGAAAGGAAAGGAGGGGAAAUCUGGGUUUGGAGGCCCAGUUGUCAGCUCACUGUAUCAAGAAGAAACCAUCAGGGAAGAAGAUAAGAACAUAUUUGACUACUGCAGAGAAAACAACAUUGACCAUGUAACCAAAGCCAUCCGAUCAAAAAAAGUGGAUGUGAAUACGAAAGAUGAGAAGGGCAGAGCUCUGCUGCACUGGGCAUGUGACAGAGGACACAAGGAACUAGCCUCAGUACUGCUGCAACACACAGCGGAUGUUAACAGCCAGGAUGAUGAAGGCCAAACAGCAUUGCAUUACGCUUCUACCUGUGAGUUUUCUGACAUUGUGAAACUGCUCCUGGAGUCUGGAGCUGACCCUACUCUUCGGGACACAGAGGGCUACUUGCCUGAGGAGGUAACAGACUGUAAAGCGAUCACCUCCAUGCUGCAGGAGCACACGGCUGGCAGAGCUUGAUUGAAAGGCCAAGGAAGUGCAGGUAGCCCCAGCCCAGGGCUCUCAAAAUGGACGAAAAACUGCAAUAAAAUCAUCCUAUGUCCACAUAAUCAAUAUGCAUGAUGUAUGGAGACUGGAAUCUGCGGAGCAAAGAAGCUUAUUUCUGGGAGCAGAAAACAAGAGCGAUGCAAUAUUCCACUGAACAACACAGGCCUGUGUAUCUGUGUCGGCUGCCUGGCACAACACAGCCCCAGCCAUAGGUUGUGACCUGUCAUUUGCUUGACAGACCCCUGAUUUUGCAGCCCCAAAUUAAAAAGGAACAGAUCUACUGUGCUUCCGGUGGCUGCCAAGCAUGGCUGAUGGGAUCUUUCCUCUUUGAUAGGUAACAAGCUUUUGUACACCUUGUGCAGCCUGAGGCUCAGUUUGCAUGAAGCAGAGUUUCAUCAUGAAUCUAGAGGCUAACUAAGGGAGCAACCAUAUUAUGAAUGCAAUCCUGUAUGUGCCUACUCAGGAGCAAGCCUCCUCUGAGGGAUUUAUUUUCCCAAGUAAGUAUGGACAGGAUUGAAUUGCAAGACUAUCUGCUCUUUUCCAAAAUGCAAGUUACUAAUAAGAAGCGAAAGUCUAGCUGAUGGGCGAAAGGGGUGGGGAGAAAUGAGCAUCUUUACAAAGCCGAUCUUCCCAUUACAGAUUUCACUUUUUAGUCCUGUAUCACUACUGCUACUUCCUUGAGUUGGGUAAUGGAAGCAAUGGAGUUAUCUAAGAUGUAAGAACUGAGUGUUUUCCUGUUGGCUCCUGAAGUUCAAAAUGGCAAAACAUGGAGACUGAGCUACUGCUAUGAGACUGAGAACUGAUGGGAGUGUCCUUUGUGUGUGUCCCUCUGUCUCUGUAAAAUACUGUCUUGCACGAUAAAAGAUGUCAAAGAA